GCGGCGCAACGGAGACAGCGAGCCGCUCCGUGUCUGUAGGAGAAACUCGUGCUCCGUCCGGUCACCCAUGACACGGACGUCAACGUUACAAAUAUGUGCCUGGUUCAUCACUGAUAUUUGGCUCGCUGGUUUUUUCAGUCCGUAUCGUGAGCAGUCCGUGAAGUUAUUUCACCUCUGAGCAGCGCAGUAACGUAACUCUCGGCUAUGGAUCUUGAACGACAGAAACGAAGAGAAGAGAUUCAAAAAGCAAUGAGCUUUAUCCAGUCAUCAUUGCCUUUCCCAGAACCUGAGAGUUAUGAGGCAUUUCUGACCCAAUUGGUGUGCAACUUGCUGGAUGAGGGAAAUGCUUGUUUUCGAGAUGGAGACUGGCGUUCGGCAACGCAACAGUAUGGAGAAGGAAUCAGUGUUGCUCGCUACGCGCAGGCUGAGGCUCUCAUCAUCCCCUACGAACUGCUGGAGAGCCUCUAUGUCAACAGAGCUGCUGCCUUCUACCAGAUGCGGGAGUAUGAACGCGGUAUUCAGGACUGUGAAAAUGCGCUGUGUGUAUCAGAAGGCAGUCGCAGGGCUUUGUACCGCAAAUCGCUCUGCCUGAGGGAGUUGGGACAACUCAGAGAGGCUUAUGAGUGUGGAACUAAAUGUCUCCUCACAGCACCACAUGACAGACAGGUUGGCGAACUUGCCCAGGACUUGGCCAACAAGCUGGGCUUGAAGGUUCGCAAAGCCUACAUCAGCCCACAGACGGAGUCAACAUCCACAGAGGGGGAGAGUCUUGGGGAGACUUCUACACCCACUGGAGAAAUGUCCUCAAACGGGCUUGAAUCCCUGGGUGAUAUAGGGCCAGGUGAUUUGUCCAAUGCACAGUGUAUUCCUGCUCCUUUGGCCACGCCCAUCCCAGUAAGCGAUGACCCGGCAACCCCUGUUGUAACUUCGUGCUCUGACUUGUCGGAGAGUCCCAGCCAGGCUUUGCCUCCUAUGCCGUACUCUGUCCCGGUGUCGGAGCACAUGGACGAAUGCAGCAGCAGUAUUAUUAAGGAUGAGCUGGACAGUCUUUUGGAUUGUAUGCCCAAGAAAGUCAGUGAGAGUCCAGUUCAGGGUGCUAUUCCUACCAACCUUCCCAACACGGCUGUUGGCCUCCGCCCUCCUUACUCACCCAGCCUUCCAGCCCCAUCAUCGCAGCUUCCUUCCGCCUUCUUUAACUCUUCCAUAAGUGACAUAACCCCCUUGGAGGCAUACUCACCACUGUGUGACCAGGGUUCCACCCAGGCGCAGGACGCACUGGGAAACUUUACAGCUGGAAGCCCAGAUGGAGAAGGGAAGGGAGUCGUCACUGGUGGGCUUGAUUCAUUGUCUGAGUACACUCUCCCUGGGGGAAGAGUGUCUCACAGCUUCAUCCCUGGAAUUCGCAACCACAGUACUUCACAUGCAAAUGGACCGGCAGGAACCAACCUAUCUCUGCUUUCCAGGAAUCCUCUGGCAGCCACACAUGAGUUUCGGCAGGCUUGUCAUGCCUGUUACAGCAGAAUAGGUCCACGAGUGAUGGACUACAAGUAUCAGCCUGAGGCAGCGCACCGCUGUAAGAGAGAUGUGCUAUUAUGUCGUCUUAAAAACACGGAUGACCCCACAUGGAAGAGGAUUCGUCCACGACCGGCACGGAAUAAUUUUCUGGGGGCGUUUGUACUCUGUAAAGAAGUACAAGAGCGUCAAGAGUGUCAGUACGGGGAGAACUGUACGUUUGCUUACUGCCAGGAGGAGAUUGAUGUGUGGACGCAGGAGAGGAAGGGAGCGCUGAGCCGGGAGCUGUUGUUUGACCCACUGGGCAGCACAGAGAGACGGGCGCUCAGCGUCACCAAGCUGCUGCAGCUCCACAUGGGCAUGUUUAUGUUCCUCUGUGAGGAAUGUUUUGACAGUAAACCUCGAAUCAUCAGCAAGCGCAGCAAAGAAAAUUUAGCAGUCUGUUCAAACCUCACAGCACGACACCCUUUCGAUGAUAAUAAGUGCCUGGUCCAUGUGGUGAGGUCCGCCAAUGUACGGUAUAGCAAGAUCCGACCCCUGCACCCUCUCUGCCAGUUUGACGUUUGUCGUCAUGAGGUUCGCUACGGCUGCCAGCGCGAGGACAGCUGCUCUUUUGCUCACUCUGUCAUAGAGCUGAAAUGUUGGGUUCUGCAGCAGGACACUGGUAUCACCCAUGAAGAGAUGGUGCAGGAGUCCAAAAGACACUGGCAAAGGCUGGAGCAGAAUGUACAAAAGCAGCAAAAGCCUAUCCACAUACCCCAUCCUAACAGCAGCGUACCAACUGGACGACUCGGAGGACUGGGAGGUGUCGGGCCAGGUGGAGAUGGGAUGGGAGCAGGUGGAGUGGGCCCAGUAGGAGGGGUUGGGGUGGGAGGUUUCGGACCAGGGGCAGGAAGGGGGCGCCCCUUCAACCUGAAAAUGAAGUUCGUCUGUGGACAGUGCUGGAGAGAAGGUCAAGUCAACGAACCUGACAAGAACCUCAAGUACUGCACCGCCAAGGCCCGGCAUAGCUGGACAAAAGAGCGCCGGGUCUUGCUUGUGAAAUCAUUUGAAAAGAAGAAGUGGGUCGUUGUUCGGCCUCUUCCUUUCUCUCGCUCUUAUCCACAGCAAUAUGAUAUGUGCGUGCAUGUGAUGAAGCAGAAAAAGUGCCACUAUAUUGGGAACUGCUCCUUCGCUCACAGCCUGGAGGAAAGGGAUGUUUGGACAUACAUGAAAAACAACAAUUUAAGAGAUAUGCAACAGAUGUACGAACUGUGGUUGCAGCUCACCAAUCAGAGCAGGCGGACGGAUAACUCUGCCAUGACCCCGCCUCCAGAUGACAAGCAGGUCACCAUAACAGCAGAUUACACAGAAGGUCUAGGAGGCCGGCAUUUGUCAGAUGGUGAUGAUCUCUGAGUUGUUGGUUAACUGGUUAAAAACAGGAGACCGCUGCUGACAGAGACUCGGAUCAGAUCAGCCUUCCACACCAGCCACAACUGAACAGUCUGUCAUCCUGCCAGUCUGACGACUUUGAGCAUCUAUCCAGUGAGAAAGCAGACAGAAAUCCUUGGACUCCACCCUCACAUAUGUAUGCACCCAAACAUGUACACACAACACACACGUUUCUGGCACCAAUUAACACAAAGAGAAAGAUUUGUCAGUAUAAUUCAGGACUUUGGGUUUAGCAUUUUGAUUUAUGGCACCUUAUAGGUUCUCUUUAAACAGAAUUUCCCCAGAAAACUAGUUUUGCUCUGAAUAAAGCUACGGUCCCCGAAUAUUCUGAGCAUGUGUCCACCAGGAACUUAUCUUUUUUUUUUCUUCCCCCCAUUAAAAAAAAAUAAAAAUCCUUGUUAGCACUGUGACGAUGCUUGGGGUGGGUGCGCUGGUCGCAACCCAAAAUUUGCUUUGUGAUUAAGAAUGGUAAAAAAUAGGCACUAAUAAACUUGAAAUAUUAGCGUGCCAAAAAAGUUCACAGCUUUUGAAGCUGAAGGAAACAUUAAAGCAUUUGCAAAAGAGGUUCAUGGUGGACACGUCUCCAUAAGCUCACACCAAAUCUUUCUCUUUCCUUUACAGGAAUAAAACAAGAGGGUGAAACAACUUUAUGGACACUGACUUUUUCUUUUCUUUUUUUCUUAUUUUUUUUUUAAAGAGGAGUUACUCUUCCUUGUUACAUAGUCUGCCAUAUUGGUAGAACAUUAUGAAUGUAACGCCUGCAUGGGCCUUCAAAACAAGGAACUUAGUCAUUUGAAAUAUUUACUGUUCUGGGAUGUAUGUAAGUAUACUUACAUGCCCAAAAACAUAUGUAACAUUUCAACUUCCCCUCUUUCAUUGCGUAAUUUAUACAAAUUGUUCCUGUAUUGGGAGAGGGAAAUGUGCACAUACACACACUCAUUCACUUAUUAAUUAAAUAGAUGCAAGCUUUGGUGACUCAGCGCAUAUUUUAAUUGUCAGUUCCUCUCAGGUUAAAAAAAAGAGAGGGAGAAAAAAAAUGGCACUGUGGAAAAGAAAAUAUUUAAGACCUGUGGCUAAAUUGCACAGGACUUGGAACUGUCAUUGCCAAAGCAAUCAAGGAGAUAUCUUAGACUAAAGUAAAGUGGCAUGCAGCUGAUAGAGAUGUGAAGUUGCUGUAGGAGAGGCAGGAUCCCAACAGCGGGUCAGUUCAGACUGCUGGUCUCUCUUUAAAAUAAUAAUGACCUCGCUUGAACUGAAGUAUUGUUGUCUUGCAAAAAGAGGUGUAAUACUUUAAUAAUUAGACUUCAAAAGCUGUUAAAAAAGCUGAAAGAAAAGAUUGAUUUAAGGAUAAAUAUAUAUUUAGUUAAAUGGGAAAUAUUUAGAAACGUUUGAAUUUAAGGUUCAAGCCGACACAUCUUUAGUUUAACGGAGGUCAACAUUUAAUUAAAGAGAACAAUCAUGCUCCCAUGGCCUUAAGAUGGAAAUUUGUGUUCCUCAUACAUCCAAAUAUUUUUGCUCUUGAUCGCUAAACGUGAUCGCGAGGUAAUCCUUUUUUUUAUUACCGUGAAAUUUCUAGCUUGAGACAGGGAAGGGGAUCAAACCGCAUAUUGUGCCUAUAAACAACACAUCAACAUGCUACAUGAACACCCAUACGAAAAUGUGUGCACACAGACACAGACGGGCAGGAUAUGUAUUGCCAUCUUUUUCCAGCCUUUAAUAUGGACAGAGGCACGAUGUCUUUAUUCACAUACACAUAUUAUGCAUACAUACAUAUAAUAUACAUAGUACUAAAAAUAAAUGAUAACUUAGCGGUUAAGCUUAAUAAAUAUAUAACCUCAAAACCUGCAUCAAUUACAUAGAAGAAUUUCUUGUUAUUGAGGUAUUGCUAUAUAACAUGUAUCGCUGAACUAGAAGACUAUAGUGAGGUUUAUUUUUGAUUUUUUUUUUUUUUUUAAAGGUUCUUUUUAUUUUGACAUUGUUGUUCUGUGUGGGUUGUUCCAGACAGGGUUGUUUGUUUGGACUCUAGAAGACCAUGUAUUGAGUUUUAAAGUAAGAGUAACAUUGACUGAAGACAUGAAAUGAAACAAGUCCUCCAACUUGAGGUUAUUUUUGUUUUGUUUUUUACUUUGUAAACGGUGACAGAAUAUAAGUAUUUCUGAUCUGCAGUGAUCAAAAUUCAAAGAAACUGCAUGUAAUGUUGAAAGGCACAAGAAGCAUAUUACCCGUUGAACUACACCGCCUGCGAAUGAGCCUAAAAUACAGAUCACUAAUCUGUUUUGACGCUCACUCGGCAGCAGACUGGACAGUCAGCCCUUGUCUGGAGCAGCCCAGAUAUUAGCUUCUUCGAGGGAUUGUAUCACUACUACUCCUAGUAUUAUGAUGAAUAUGACUAUAAUGAUUGCUAUCUAUUGACUAUUCUUAUUUCUCUUCUAUAUGCUAUUGAUAUAUGUAUGUUAAUUGCAAUGUAUAGCUCUCUUUAUAUAUGUAAUCAUGUAUGAAUAUAAUAGACAGUAAAUAUGCAUCUGUGUAUGCAGGAGGGCACAGCUCUGUCUGUACACUUUCAGUUGGUUCACCAGGUAAGGACAGGUCUGGAAACUUAAAGCAUACAUAGAGGCCUAUAUACUCCUGUAUAGCGCCUUAUUCUAUAUACCACACCUAUGAAAUGAUACGUACCCGUAUUGUAUAAUCCUACUUACUAUAUACAGUAUAUGAUACCUGAUACCUAUUAUAAUACUUAGACAUCCUUAUAAGGAAAUUUAGAUAAGAGAUGGUGGCCUGUAUUUUUAUUUUUUUCCUGUGGCUGUGGAAAAGUGCUGUGGUCAGAAAUGUGUUUGUUUUUCAAGGUUAAAAAAAACAAAGUUGUCAUGAGAGUGAACCUUAUUCAAACGAUUUUUGUCCUUCAUUAUAACCUGUAUACAAAGUUGACAUCAGUCACAUACCAGUGUAAUACACAGGACCUAGAGCUGGUUAACAGACAAUUUGAAGUUUGAUUUAUGAUGACUAUGGCUAAAAUUUUUAAAGCUUAUCAGUUGGACACGCGCACAGUAAUUUCUUACUUUUAUGUGGAUUUCAGCCUUAACGUUCACAUUGAAGAAAGCUGAAUUAAAAACAAAAGCAACACAUUUGAGGGGAAUGUCCUCUUCAGUGUUGGAAAAAAACAGAAUAAUUAUGAAACUGAUGCUGAGAAAGUGAACGUAAUUAAAACUGGAUGCCUGUGCUGGGUGUUCCGGGUGUGUCGACGAAGGUAUAGGAAUCAUGCAAAAAAAACAUGUGGCUGCAAAUGCUUCCCAGAAAACACUCACAGAAGCAAACUCGGGAUACAGUUUAAUGUUUUAUUUUGUCGCACUAGUUAUUCAAAGGUAAAGAUGAUUGAUUUAAGGAAACCUGAUGUUUUCAAAACAAAGAACUCUGAAACCAGUGCCAAAAUCACUGUAUGGCUGUUUUUAUGAUAAAAUGCGUAGCUUUGGUCAUUGAAGUCUAUAGAUGUGGAGCAGAUUUGCAAUUGCAUUGGUCUAUUUAUCCUGCUGUAUUUGCUUCACCCUGCACUUUAUGAUCAAUGCGGGGUAGCAGUUCAAACAAACCAAAGACAAUUUGGUUGUAAAUGGUUUGUAAUGUAAGCAGAUAACUAAAAAGGAUGAAUUAUUUAUGCCAAGCUUAAAGCAUUUUCUGCCAUCCAUUAGUGAUUGGUCCAAUAUACAUUACCGUCAUCCCUGAAAAGUGGUUUCUUUAUUUUGAAAACCUUGAAAAAGGUUCAAGGUCAGCAGAUACAUUUACCUAAGAAAAACCUGGAGGCUCUCCCUUUAACUUUUAUCUUUUAUACCAUAAAUACAGCACAUGGCAACAGCUGAUGCUUCCCGCAUACUUUCUUUAUCUAAUGCUCAGUGAUCAUUUUUAUAAAAAAAGUUUUUCCUCUGUAGAUGCCAAAAAUCUCUACAAAAUAAACCACUUGUGGAAAAAAAAUGAUAAUUGUAUUAAUUUGCUAAUACGUUAAAAGUUAUUGAGUCAUGUUUUUUUGUUGUUUUUUUUCCCUUGGAUUUUGUUGCGCGACUUGAGGGUUAUUGUAUGUUCUGGUAAAAGUGACUUUAAUUUUGCUGUAACCCGAGGUUGUGAGUCAUGUCUGGUCAUCACAUUGUGCUGCAGUAACAUGAAACUUUAGCUGUGAAACACGUUUCUGCUCUACAAAUGUUCAUGUGACAUACCAGCACUGCCUCGCACUCCCCACCACUACAGCCUGUCCCUUGAUUUGCAGCACCAACACACACACAGCCACAAAGUCAGUCGACUAAUUAAAUAAUUGUUUGCUAUUUCAGUUGUUUUCAACAAUUUCAUUGAAGAAACCAGGGUUGUAAGAAGUGGGGGAAAAACAAGGCCUCUUCUUGUACUGUAUUUUUAGAUUAUGUUGUUUUUUUUUUUUUCCCCUCUGGACUUUUUUUUUUCUUUCCUCCUCCCUGGUUGGAUGUUUUUGAUCACACAAAUGGACCAAAUCUCUUGAAAGCAUUUAAUAAACUGUUUUAGAAAAAAAUGUGCAUUUUCAGUUCAUAUUCGUUAAUUCUUGAGGUAAUCUUUGGCGCUGUAAUUAAACGCUUCGUGACAUUGGUUGACAGAUGAUCACAGACCCGUCCUCUGUGAAGUUGGCAAGUUAUUUUUUUUUCUUCCCACGUGCCUGCGUUGAUCUUACAAAACUUCCUGGCACGUGUUGAUGCGGUUCACUAACUUACACGAACCUCCUCAUUUAUUUGCAGCCAUGCAUGUAGUCUGUCUCUGCAGAAACCAACUUCAGUCCACUAGUGACACUUUUUUUUUCUAGUGUGGAUACUUUAAAAAGAAAAAAAGCUAAUUAGGUGUAGUUUAAUGCAGCUAAACGACGUUUAAGUCCUUUGUCGGGCUCGUUCUGGCACAGGGCCAGGGCUUUAACACCUUUACUUCCACCUUUCGUGCCACGUUACAAGUCUUGACAGAGAAACACAUGACUGUCAAAUUCAGACAAGGGUAAUGCUUGAAAAAAACCACCGUUGCAUAACCGUCUCAAUUUAGACAAGUU